UAUGCGAUAAUCCUCAUGGCGCUGUACUGGUGUACAGAGUGUAUCCCCCUGGCUGUGACCGCCCUGCUACCAGUCAUUCUGUUCCCCAUGAUGGGCAUCAUGGAGUCAGGAGAGGUUUGUAUCCAGUACCUACAAGACUCCAACAUGCUCUUUUUGGGAGGGCUGCUGGUGGCCAUCGCUGUCGAGAACUGGAACCUGCACAGGAGGAUCGCCCUUCAAGUCCUGCUCGUUGUAGGAGUGAAGCCUUCUCUUCUGAUGAUUGGUUUCAUGAGCACCACAGCCUUCCUCUCCAUGUGGAUCAGUAACACGGCCUCAACAGCCAUGAUGCUGCCCAUUGCAAACGCUGUGCUGCAGCAGCUGUGUGACACAGAGGCCAACGCUGAAGCGAGGGAAGAUGCUCAUGAAAGGGAUAGGAGUCAGGAGAAUCAGGCAUUUGAGAUGAGCGAACAAGGCCAUGACAAGGGACUGAAGAGGGAGGAGUGGUACAAGAAGCUGUCGAAAGGCAUGAGCCUCAGUGUGUGUUACGCCGCCAGCAUCGGGGGCACAGCCACCCUCACUGGGACCACCCCCAACGUCAUCUUGAAGGGCCAGAUGGAUAAACUCUUUCCAGAUAAUGGAGGUAUUAUCACCUUUGCGAGUUGGUUCGGCUUCUCAUUCCCCAACAUGUUGCUCAUGCUUGUUAUCUCUUGGUUGUGGCUGCAAAUUGUGUUUUUGGGAUUCAACUUCAAAAAGUCCUUUGGAUGCGGCAACAGGAAAGCUGGUGACAGCGAAGCGUUCCAGGUGAUCAAAGAUGAAUAUAAGAAGCUGGGCCGUAUGAGCUUCGCUGAGGGCUGUGUGCUUACUAUCUUCAUUUUGCUCGUUGUCAUGUGGUUUACGAGGGAGCCUGGGUUCAUCCCGGGCUGGGCCACUGUCCUGUUCAACAAAGACAGGCCAUUCGUCACAGACGGCACUGUGGCCAUAUUAAUGUCUUCGCUCUUCUUCUGCAUCCCGUCCAAUCUGCCUAGAUGUUGGUCUAAUAAUGACAAGAGAAAUCAGUUAAAAAGAGCACCGGCUGAAGCCCCCUCUCCGCUGCUAACAUGGGACGUCGUCCAUGAAAAGAUGCCGUGGAACAUCCUCUUACUUCUUGGCGGAGGUUUUGCGUUGGCCCAUGGAAGUGAGGUAUCUGGACUCUCUACGUGGCUGGGAGACACUCUUGUUCCGCUGCAGAGCAUUCCUCCUUUCGCCAUCUCCAUCCUGCUGUGUCUGCUGGUGGCCAUGUUCACCGAAUGCUCCAGCAACACAGCCACCACCACACUCUUUCUACCAAUACUGGCCUCCAUGGCAACUGCCAUUAAGAUACACCCGCUGUACGUCAUGUUACCCUGCACCAUCUCUGCCUCGUUGGCUUUCAUGCUGCCCGUAGCCACGCCACCCAACGCCAUUGCCUUCUCCUACGGGAACCUCAAAGUUAUGGACAUGGCUAAGACUGGAUUCAUCCUGAACUUUGUUGGUGUCAUAACCAUCAACAUUGCCAUUAACACGUGGGGUGUGGCCAUGUUCGAUCUGAAUACGUUUCCCACAUGGGCUAAUGUCACCAAACCUCUGUGAACAUGAGCUCAGGAAAACAGAAACAGGGGAGAAAAAAGAGGGGAGAUGAACAAUAUCAGAACAGCCCGAUGUGCCCUGAGGCCUGUCCCUGAAGGCUGAUACAGGUUCCUCUCUGCAGCUUUCUGUCUCACAUCCUGACUCACACUGUGAGCUGUGUGUUCCUAAACCAGUAGGAAACACUGGGGAAUCAUUGUGUUCAUGUUUUGACUGAAGUGAGUUCA